GUUGACUUGGGAAAUUUUGUUCACUUUUCAUGUCGUCUGUUCGUUUUGCCGUCACGUACGCCACACGGAUAAAUUCUAACUCGUAUUUUUCUUCUCAGACAAUUUACAUUGCUUAAGUUGCUGAAACUAUAUGAAUUUUUCAACUCUUGAGUCUGUUUAGGAAGAGUUUGUAAAAAUUUAACUGAAAUGUCGAGCAAGAAUCCAGAAAUAAUGGAGGUAGACGAGUCCACAAGUGCAGCAGCAAAACCAGGCAAAUCUACCAAGUACGAGCUCCCAUGGGUGGAGAAGUACAGACCAACCCUUUUGAGUGAUGUCGUUGGUAAUGAAGAGACGAUCAGUCGACUGGAAGUUUUCUCCAAAGAGGGAAAUGUACCCAAUGUCAUCAUAGCUGGUCCCCCUGGAACUGGCAAAACCACCAGUAUAUUGUGUCUUUGCCGAGCCUUGCUAGGCCCAGACUACAAGGAAGCUGUUCUGGAAAUGAAUGCCUCAAAUGACAGGGGAAUCGAUGUAGUCAGAAACAAGAUAAAGACAUUCGCUCAGAAGAAGGUUACCUUGCCAAAAGGGCGUCAUAAGGUCAUCAUUCUGGAUGAAGCAGAUAGUAUGACAAGUGGAGCCCAGCAGGCUAUGCGUCGAACCAUGGAAAUCUACUCCAAGACAACACGGUUUGCUCUCGCCUGUAACACAUCCGACAAGAUCAUUGAGCCGAUUCAAUCACGGUGUGCAGUCUUGAGGUACUCCCGCCUGACGGACAAACAGCUCCUCCACCGGCUGAUUGAGGUUGGAGAGAAGGAAGGAAUAGAAUGCACGGAUGAUGGACUGGAGGCAAUCAUCUAUACAGCACAGGGGGACAUGAGACAGGCUAUAAAUAAUAUGCAGUCAACACAUUCUGGUUUUGGUCUUGUGAACAGCGAAAACGUCUUCAAAGUUUGUGAUGAGCCCCAUCCUAUCCUUAUUAAGGAUAUGUUUACUAAAUGUGUUGAGGGGAAUAUUGACAAAGCCUAUGAGGUGAUGGAACAUAUGUGGAGUAUGGGGUACGCCCCCGAGGACAUCAUCUCAAAUAUGUUCAGGGUUUGUAAGACGUUUGACAUGGCAGAAUAUCUUAAACUGGAGUUUAUCAAGGAAAUUGGGUUCACACAUAUGAAAAUAGCAGAGGGAGUAGGUUCACUGCUGCAACUCAGUGGUUUGCUUGCAAGGAUGUGCCAGAAAGGGAUGUUACCCCCUGAGGAAUCAUGAUCGAGCCAAGAUGAACUUUGAAUUUAGAGAACCCCCUGCACCGAUGUCUCCCAAUGGUAUGUCCUUUUGAGAGUACAUUUCCUUGUGAAGGUAUGUUGUACCAGUGUCACCAAAAAUGGAAACUGCCAAGUGAUACUCAGGGAAAUUUACCUCCAAAAUAGAACAAAGUAAGAUCUAUUUUGAGUCAUGACAUUCAAGUGAAUAUUAAAACAGCUAUGUGCUAGGAACCAGGACACCUUUCUGACUAAGCUGUUUUUGUACAUGACAGUACUGAUUGGUUCCUUUCAUCAAGUUUAACAUGCUAAAAGCAAUUACGAGUGUAGUCUUGAUUCAAGACCCUCCUGUUAUUGAUAUCCCACGAUCCAUUGCUGAGGGUAAUAUUACCCUCGGUGAGGGAAGUAAACAACAGGAGAAUCUUGAACCAAGACUACUACAAGUGCAGACAAGUGCUUUACUUCGGAUCAUACUAUGUAAAAAGCGCAGAACAGACUUUCGAGUCCAGUGUGUAACUUCACCCUGACAAUAAAUGAAGGUCUAAAAUAAUAAGACACGUUUUUUUAGAUAUACUUCUGAUUGGGGAAAUUUUGCAGAUGACAAUGUAACAUCCUGAUUCUGGGCAAGAUUUUGUACAGUUUGAAAUCAUGGAUAAUUAUUUUUGAAUUGCUAUAGCAAGACAAUUGUUAAUUCCUUUGAGAUUUUUAAACCUAGAGGAUGUUAGUUAUUGAACAUUCUUAGAAAUGACAAAAGUUUAACUAGCGAACAGUAAGGAAUCUUAUAUAGAUCUGUUUCCAUUUCGGCAUGCAUUUAACAACACACCAACAAGUUAAUUUCAAAAGAUGAACAUGCAGCUGCUGUAAAGUAUAUGUAAACAUUUAAAACAUAAAGACAGCGCGUUAACAAAAAUCGCAAUGGUGGCUAGUUUGUUGAGGUAAACACAUGUGGCUAGCUGUAAUGCAUCUUUUAAAAACUAUUUCCUUUAGUUUUCUUGGGAUUUGUCCUUUAUGUCUAAGUAUGUUGGAUUACUCAAAUGCACAAGUUGAUCUGUUAUUUCUAUCUCAACUCCUGUGUCUCGUGAUGAUUCAGUCUUCAAAUUUGGGCAGUUUGUAAAACCUUUAUUUGUAGGACAGUAUUUUGUGGACAGUAUUACAAAUAAAAACACAGUUUACAACUUCCUUUGCUUAAAUUGUAUAUUUUUAAUGUUUUGAGCUUUCUAUGCAAAAGAAACAUUAACCAGACAUUGCUUAAUAUUACCUUUGGGUUAUUGGGAACAAUCAGUACAGUUGUUCAUUGAAAAAUUUGAUACAUAAGAGUGCUUUAUGAACAGG